AUGAUAGAUAAUCAAGUUUGGAUAUCCGUUUCAGCCAUUGCUUUAACAAUAUCUUCAGCUGGAACCAUCGGAGGCGGUGGUCAUGGAGGAGGAUUCGGAGGAGGAUAUGGUGGAGGUUUUGGAGGUGGGCAAAGAGGUGGCUUUGGAGGUGGACACGGCGGUGGUGGCUUCGGAGGUGGUGGUGGAUUCGGAGGCGGAGGAUUUGGAGGAGGCCACGGUGGAGGAGGAGGUGGAUUUGGUGGAUUUGGAGGUGGCGGAUUCGGUGGAGGACAUGGUGGAGGAGGAGGUGGAAAAACUGUUGUCAUACCUGUUAUUAAGCAUAUUCCUGUCGUACAACACGUGCCAGUUGUAGAGCAUAUUAAAGUAGUAACUAAGGAAAGUGGUGGAGGAGGCUGGAAAGGAGGAUUAGGAGGAGGCUCUGGAGGAGAUAUCGGUGGAUUUGGUGGCGGUGGAGAUUUUGGUGGUGGUGGUCUUGGGGGUUGGUCGGGAGGAGGUCUGGGAGGAGGCAUAGGUGGAGGCUUCGGAGGGGGCCACGGAAGUGGAUGGUUGAUGGGUGGAGGUUUAGGUGGAGGACAGGGAGGCUGGUCCGGUGGAGGACAGGGAGGCUGGUCCGGUGGAGGACAGGGAGGCUGGUCCGGGGGAGGUGGAGGAGGUUUCGGUGGUGGUGGUGGACAUGGAGGAUGGGCUAGAAGCAGUGGAAGACCAAUAAUUGCUCACGGACUUGGAGGAAACAUCAGAGGAUGGUGGUAAAUGCUUAUUCAACAUUAAUAGAUAUUCAAAGCAUAAAUUUGGGCGACGAUCCAGAAGCUUAUGAAGUUCUUGUACGAUUGUUGAAACUGAAGUUACUUUGUAUACCUAUAACGGAUAUUGUUGCAGAAUAAAUAUGAGAUUUACUCCUU